AUGCGGUCUAUCUACCACUUUGCACUCUCCCUGAGUAGUGUGCUGCUGUUCGUCCUUAUUAGUUUGGCCACGGGUCUCGACGCACUAGAGACCCCGACAUUUCGUGCUCAUGCCGUCAAGUUAAAGGCUGCCAAGAACCUGCCGAGGGAUCACGCGCUCCGCGUAAACGAUCAAGAGGAUCGUGGGCUUCAUGCGAGACUUUCUGGCAGCAGUCUACGGAAGGCGGGUAGGGUCAUCAAGACUAAAUUUGGUUCCUUUUUCGCUUCAUUGUGCAAUUCAGGUACGAAUCACGAGCUGGCCGGAAUCGCAAAAACGAUCGACGAGUACCACGUUGACACAUCGCACAAGCGUCCAGGUGUUAUUAGUGCUGCUAUGAAACAAGCUGAUGACCGCAUUCUCCUCGCGCAGCGUGAAGAAGUCAAACGAAUGGCGAUGGACUACUACAAACUCACACCUAAGAAGCAUUCCAAAAAAGCCAAAGCGUCUCAAGAAAAUCUGCUCGAUGCUUUGUUGAAAACUACGAACAUUAAACAGCUGAUGUCUGAUCUACGAGAUCGGAAUGCGCAAUCGAAGGACGCUGAGACUUAUCAUCAUCUUCGCAACACGCUUGAUGAUUUCAAGGCUGCCGUGUUUCUUCUUGUGUUGCAGCGCAAUAAAUUGGAACGCGAGCUUGGGGCACGGUGCGAAUGGGCGCAGUUCGAUUGGUGGAUCAUAAGCGAACGAAAGCCUGAAGACGUGCUAGCGGGAUUUCUGACAGUAGCGCAGUCGGAAAACGAUAUACACGUCGCCAUGGACAUUGUAGCCCGCUACAUGCGCUACAUAAAACGCAAACAGAUGGCAUUGUCCCGUCAGAACCAGCGCAAAGCAGGGCCUUCGUCGAUACAAUAA